AUGGCCGACGUGCAGGAGAUCCUUAAGAAGAAGUUCGGCGGUGCUGCGCCUUCGCGUACCGGUGGAAAGGGAACCCCGCGACACAAGCAAAAGCGGAACGUUGCUCGAAGCGCCAACGACGACAAGAAGCUACAGGCUACCCUGAAGAAGCUCAACACUCAGCCUAUCCAGGCUAUCGAAGAAGUCAACAUGUUCAAGAGUGACGGAAAUGUUAUUCACUUCUCCGCUCCUAAGGUUCACGCUGCUGUUCCCUCUAACACAUUCGCUAUCUACGGCGCUGGUGAGGACAAGGAGCUUACGGAACUUGUCCCUGGCAUCCUAAACCAGCUCGGACCCGACUCUCUAGCUUCUCUCCGAAAACUGGCCGAGAGCUACCAGAGCAUGUCCAAGGAGUCUAAGGAGGCGGACGCAGAUGCGGACGAUGACGACAUCCCCGACUUGGUCGCCGGCGAGAACUUCGAGAGCAAGGUCGAAUAA